UGUGUGUAUCAACGUCCCAAAGCGCAAACAAUCGUGUCUACAAUUAAAGGAUAAAAGAGAAUUUUAUAAAGAUAAAAAAACCACUGUUUAUGAGACUUCUUCUGAUAUUACUAGAAAAAAGAGAAAUCAUCAUAUCGCUUAAAUAAAUUUUUAUUAGACAAAGAAAAUAUUAAAGAAAAAAAUUAGGCGAAACGAAAUAUUUCACAUAGCGAAUACUCCAAGAGAGAAGGAAGCGAAAGGUUGCUAAAUAAAAAAAAACUACAUUGUACCUUGAACAGGACAAUCAAGUAGCACAAAAUCUUCUUGUUCUCAUUAAGAGUCACGACCCGAGUGAGAAUUAACCGCGCGCUUUUUCUACAAAAUUCUACAAGAGAUUUAAGAGAGGACGCGGACUGCUUCCAACCCACUUUUUCUGCGAAGAAUCCAUCCAAAGAAACAAAUAAAAAAUAAUUUCAACUGAAACAAUGAUUGCAAACGGCUUGGACACGGCCCAGCAAAAUGGGCGUUCUGGCUCCAUCGGGAGUGGUCAGGAUGACGCCAAGACAAAUCUCAUCGUCAAUUAUUUGCCGCAAACGAUGACCCAGGAGGAGGUCAAGUCCCUCUUCUCCAGCAUCGGUGACGUUGAGAGUUGCAAAUUGAUUCGGGACAAGGUCACUGGUCAGAGCCUGGGAUAUGGGUUUGUGAACUACCAUCGACCAGAAGAUGCUGAAAAAGCUGUCAACACCUUCAACGGACUUCGUCUCCAGAAUAAGACAAUAAAGGUGUCGUUCGCACGUCCGAGUUCUGAUGCAAUAAAAGGCGCUAAUUUGUACGUGUCUGGCCUGUCGAAGAGCAUGACGCAGCAGGAUCUGGAGAAUCUCUUCAGUCCCUAUGGUCAAAUCAUCACGUCUCGUAUUCUGUGUGACAAUAUCACUGGAUUGUCCAAAGGUGUUGGCUUCAUCCGGUUCGAUCAGAGAUCCGAGGCAGAGCGUGCUAUACAGGCACUCAACGGUACCACCCCCAAAGGCGCCACCGAACCCAUCACCGUCAAGUUUGCCAACAAUCCCAGCAGCAACAUCAACAAGGCACUUCCACCACUGGCUGCCUACUUGACACCCCAAUCUAAUCGACGCUUCCCAGGUCCCAUCCACCAUCCCACUGGCCGUUUCAGUCCCGUGCUUCCCACCUGCAGAUUCUCCCCGCUCACUGGUGAUCUCUUGGGCAACACAAUACUGCCCACGAAUGCCAUCAAUGGGUCCGGGUGGUGCAUCUUUGUGUACAACCUGGCCCCGGAGACGGAGGAGAAUGUUCUAUGGCAGCUCUUUGGGCCCUUCGGUGCCGUCCAGAGUGUGAAGGUGAUCAAGGAUCUGCAGACAAAUAAGUGCAAGGGCUUCGGUUUUGUCACGAUGACCAAUUAUGAUGAGGCAGUCGUGGCUAUACAGUCACUCAAUGGCUACACCCUCGGCAACCGCGUCCUCCAAGUUAGCUUCAAGACCAACAAUACCAAAAGUAAAACCAACUAGAUAUCUCCUGCCACAGCUAUAAAUUCGCACACAUCUCUAGCGACACUCAACAUCACCACACCAGGUAUGACCCAAGCAACAUCACUCCUUGGUGAAAAACCACCCAACUUGGGGAUUCUACCCACGACUCAUCUCCAACCGAGUCUUCUUAAUUACUAUCUCACAUCGCGACCAUCGCUCCUCUUUCCGUCCUUCUGAAUUCUUUCUUCGUUUUCGGAGGAUAUUUUAUCAAGAUUUUGAGAGUAUAUAUGGCUCCGUCAACCUUUAUCUCCGCAUUUCCUAAAAUAUUCUCUAAUAAUGUGAAAAGAAAGUAGCGCAAGAAAAAUGUUUGAGGCACAUAAAUCUCUUCCAAGAAGAGAGUUCACAAUUUUGUCACAUUCAUUUUAUGUUAAAAUUUUACUUGAAUGUUCUUAAAGUGUUUAAUGUAAAUGCUAAUUUUUUGGGUUACUUCUUAAUUCGUCAUGAGUAAAAGAUUACUUGAGAAAAAGAUUUUUUUUUUACGUGGAAUGUUAAUUUAAGUUGAAAAUCAACAGACUCUUCUCAUCCAUUGAGCCACAUUUGAGUGCUUCUCCAUUAGAUCCCUCCCACUGUGAGCCCUCAUGAAUAAAUUAAUUAAGCCACAAGAUUUUGGUGGGAUUUUCCAGCCGCAUGGAGUGCAAAGAAAACUGAUUGGGAUUCAACUGAAAAUUUUGAGAGGCUCUCCAAGGAUCAAAUGAAAAUGUGGUUUGCCGACGAAAAUCAAUAUUUAUCCCCGGAAGAAGCCAUUUUAGUAGCUAAAGAUAGAAUUAAAUGAUUUGUGAUGGAAAUUCAUUCAUUUAAAAUGGAGAAUGAGAAACAGUUCGCUUGAAAUGAAUGGGGUUUCUUCCGGGAAAUCAUUUCUCUGAUUUUUUUAAUGUUCUUUUCUUAUAAAAAUGCCAUUUUCUCUUAAAUAGAGUUUCAAGAUUUUUCUCAUAUUGGUUGAAAAUUGAAAAAUUCCUUUCCAUUGUAGAAGAAAAUACAAAGGAAUACACACAACAGACUUAAUCCGCCUCAUUUACUUUUGGUUUUUGUUUUAAUGCCACAUAAAUUCCCUUGGCGGACAAUUUAUGUCCAGGGGAGUUUUGGUGGGGGGUAGAAGAACAAAGUGAAAAAUGUAGCGUGGAUGAGAAGAGAGGGUGUGGAAGGAAGUACUUAAAAGUCGAUCGAAGAGGAAGAAAAUAGCACUGAAGGAUGUGAAUAAUUUACUUGCGCAAAGUGAAAUCAUUAUUCUAUUAUUGAGAAAAUAAGCAAAAAAAAUGAAAGCGGUAAAAAAAAUGUUCAUAAAAAUGCAAAAACAUUUUUCAAAGAACAUAAUAAGGUAACAUGAAGGGACUAUGAGUGCCGCAGUGUAUGUGUGUGAGUUUUUAGCUUUAAUAAAUUGGGAUUUUUAAAAUAAUAGAGAAAAAAAUACACCGAUUGUGAGAGGAUUCGGGCUAAAAGUGAUACUUUUUACAAGAAAAAAAAAUUAAAUCAACAGAUGUGGCGAGGGAAUCCAUUUUUUUCCCUAAAGGGAGAAAUGAUAACACUAAACGUAAGAGAUAAUAAAAUGACAAUUACUUUUAGAGCAAAAAUAAAAACGAAUACAACGCGUCAUCAUUAAUUUUGAAUUAAUGAGUAACAUUUAUACCGAAGAGACAACCUUUUUAGAAAAAAAAAUCUCAAAAGAAGAUUUCUAGUCUUUGACUUAAAUAUUAUUAACAAAAAAGAAGAUACUGAUGAGAUGAUGAUGGAACACCGAUUGAAAGACCGAACACUUAAAAAACCAACUAAAUACUAGUAGGAAGAAAAUGAUAAUAAAUUUAUAGGUGAAAAAAAAGGUAGAAAGCAAACUAAUAUUGAAAUAUUUUUAAAAAUUCUCAUCCUUGCUGUUUGUGUCAUUGUAAUUGUGUUUCCAAAAGAAAAAAAAAUUAUGAAUAUGUAUUUAUCGUAAAAAGAUAUCACAACACGUUUAACCGCUCUUGAAUAGAUUUCUCUCAAAACAACAAGAAAACAAAUAGUGGAUCUUAAGUUCUAUCACGUGUACGAAUAUUAAUAAAAAAAAUAUUUUAACUCACAUUCCUAAAUACUCACUUCAAAGUAUUAAGCUAAAAAAUGGGAAAUGGGACUUAUUUCUCACUGCAAAAACUCCAGCAUUUACGUAGAAAAGAAAAUACCUAUAUUCUCGCAAAUAUUAUUGUAUUGUAAUUUAUAUUGAAAGAUGUAUAACACUUAAAUUUAUUAUUACAUGUAUUUUUAACACAAUUCUUCAUUAAAAAAAACAGCAUAAAAAGUAUCGCACCCUUCAAAAUUAAUAAUAUAAAAUCUUAAUCAAGUUUAAAAGAAAUUUUUAGUCAUAAUUGUCUAACUGUUCGCGAGUGGAAUGUGUUUUAGUUUUUAGAAAUUUUUCUCUCUUAAAAUUCUAUUCUUUUCUAUCGUAGGCUCGUGCAAUAAUCUAAUUAGUACCUAUAGAUUUAAUUUUAUAGUCUCAACGAAUUUGCAUUCAAAAAUGUUUAUUGUUUCUUUUCAUAAAAGUUUUGAUUGGACUUUUAUAGAGAAAUCUUUCAGGUCUGUGAGUUUAAUGCGACUUUCAGACUUUUGACUUAAAAAAAAUGUAAACUUCCAGAAUAAAUGCCGUCAAGAGCGACAGGCCUCAUUAACCACGUUGGAGAUGUAAAUCUCUCUGAACUGAAGUAGAUAAAUAUAUAGAUAAUAAAUCAAAGAAUCAAUUUCGCCAGCCUUAUGGAUAAAAUUCAUCCAUAUCAAUUGAGAAACUAAAAGGAAGUGCUAAACUGUGCCAAAUUGGUUUUUGAAAAAUUUUCACUUAAACAUUUUCCGGUUUCAACCACUCUUGCGAUGUAAAAAAUUGUUAAAGUUAUAUCCUUUAACUUUGAAGAGGUAAAACUUGUUCUAAAUUCAAUUUCCGCGAUUAAAAAAAUGUCUCUUUGACUAUUUUUAAAACUUCUUGAGAAAAAAAUAAUUUGUUAAAUCUAUGAAAGUAAUGCCGUGUUUUGACUGCGAUAAGGUUCCACGAUAAAUACAAAAUUAAACAAAUUAUUUUUUUUUCGAGCUGUUGAAAUCAAAAGUAACGUUAGAACUAUUUAAAAACUAUUUACAAAAUCCUAAUAAUGACAAUGAAACAUACAUAAUCUUCUUUCUUAAUUUUUGUGAGAAUAAACUUGGACAUUUUUCAAUGUGAAUGCGUCUUUCGAUGGACUCAAAAAUGGAUCCUUUUUCAAUUCUGAAAUAAACUCAACUCUAUCAAAAAGUAGAUUUUUGAGAAAAUUUGCGCUUAUGAUUGUGAAGAAAAAUAAUAAAAA